AUGUCGCGCUACUCUCAGCCCGCUCUCUUGUUCCCCCCUUAUGAACCUCCUACCUAUCUCACCACCAUCCCUUCUGAUCCGCACAUCAUUGCUGGAGACUUCAAUUGCCCACGUCCCCAGAUUAAGCUCCAGAAUCUCUUUGUUACACUCAUCUCUGAUGAAAAACCCUUUUAUCUCGAGUAUAGCAAGGCAACUCACUACCUACUUUCUCCGGAGCCUGCUCUCUCCAAUGAUGCGUACUUUGACUUGAACAACUGGGCAGUCGUACACCCGGUCAUUGGACCGUUCUUUUUGGGAACAAUCGACAAGAUUUUGGGUGAAGGAAAGGUUCGUAUUGAAGGGUGGAUGAUGUCGAAGACAGUCAGAAAGGAGGAGUAUAGAAUGAUGGUCUUUGAGCCCGUCACGGUGACUAUUGAUGUUACCUACCUCAACAUCCCCUUUCUUGAACGCUUUGCCUGUCGUCACUCACCACGCGUCGGUCACUACUUGAUGGCAAAACUCCAAGUGUGA